CGGCCGCGCUCCCCGCCCCUCACCAUCCGAGCAGCGGCUCCGAACGCCCAGCCCCGACGUACUCGGAUCACUUCCGGGUUGUACUCCACGACCGCGGGCCGCGAUUGGGCGACUGUGGAAGGAGCACUUCCGGUGUCCAGGUGCUUGGGUUCUUUGGCAGGAGCGGGAAGAUGGGGCUCGGCGCCGCGGUCCGUGCUUGGUCCAUCUUGUGGCUGCUGCUGCCCUUGCUUGGCCUGGUCGGCGCCAGCGGUCCCCGCACCUUGGUGCUGCUGGACAACCUCAACCUGCGGGAGACGCAUUCGCUUUUCUUCCGGAGCCUGAAGGAUCGGGGCUUUGUACUCACAUUCAAGACCGCAGAUGACCCCAGCCUGUCCCUCAUUAAGUACGGGGAGUUCCUCUAUGACAAUCUCAUCAUCUUCUCCCCUUCGGUAGAAGAUUUCGGGGGAAAUAUCAACGUGGAGACCAUCAGUACCUUUAUCGACGGUGGAGGCCGUGUCCUGGUAGCUGCCAGCUCAGACAUUGGUGACCCUCUUCGAGAGCUGGGCAGUGAGUGUGGGAUCGAAUUUGACGAGGAGAAAACAGCUGUCAUCGACCAUCACAACUAUGACAUCUCAGACCUUGGCCAGCAUACGCUCGUCGUGGCCGACACGGAGAACCUGCUCAAGGCCCCGACCAUCGUGGGGAAGUCGUCUCUGAAUCCUGUCCUCUUUCGAGGUGUCGGGAUGGUGGCCGACCCCGACAAUCCUCUGGUGUUGGACAUCCUGACAGGCGCUUCCACCUCCUACUCCUUCUUCCCCGAUAAACCCAUCACCCAGUACCCCCACGCCGUGGGGAAGAACACCCUCCUCAUCGCGGGGCUGCAGGCCAGGAACAACGCCCGGGUCAUCUUCAGUGGCUCCCUCGACUUCUUCAGCGACGCCUUCUUCAACUCGGCGGUGCAGAAGGCCGCGCCCGGCUCCCAGAGGUAUUCCCAGACAGGCAACUAUGAGCUAGCUGUGGCCCUUUCCCGCUGGGUGUUCAAGGAGGAGGGUGUCCUACGUGUGGGGCCUGUGUCCCAUCAUCGGGUGGGCGAGACAGCCCCACCCAACGCCUACACUGUCACUGACCUAGUGGAGUACAGCAUCGUGAUUGAGCAGCUCUCAGACGGCAGAUGGGUCCCCUUUGAUGGUGACGACAUCCAGCUGGAGUUUGUCCGCAUUGAUCCUUUUGUGAGGACCUUCUUGAAGAGGAAAGCUGGCAAGUACAGCGUCCAGUUCAAGUUGCCUGACGUGUACGGCGUGUUCCAGUUCAAAGUGGAUUACAACCGGCUAGGCUACACGCACUUGUACUCCUCCACUCAGGUGUCGGUGCGGCCCCUGCAGCACACGCAGUACGAGCGCUUCAUCCCCUCGGCCUAUCCCUACUACGCCAGCGCCUUCUCCAUGAUGGUGGGGCUCUUCUUCUUCAGCGUCGUCUUCUUACACAUGAAGGAGAAGGAGAAGUCUGACUGAGGGGCCGGCGCCCCAGACUCCUUUCAACAGACAUGGAGGGUUUUUAUAGGAUUGCUAUUUCUCCCCUUUAUGGUGGGUCUUUUGGGGGGGUUUUGUUUUUUUUUAAAGCCACGGACAGUGGCACAGCUUACCUCAGCGGGAGAUGGAACAUUGAGUACCAAGGGGUGGGGGGGUUAGGGAAUAAUUUCUAAGUUUUUCCACCUUGAAUGCUAAGUGUGUUUUCACAUGUGAAGUCAACUCUCAUUUCUAAAAUAAAGAGAAGCAUCGCCCUCAAA